AUGAUGAAAUUAAUACUUCAAUAAAAUUAAGAAAAAGAAUAAAAUAAUAUUUCAGAAACAAAUAAGUCACAAGGAAGCAAUAUUAUUGCUAAAGUCACAUGUAUUGGAGUGGCUUCAGCAUCAAGUUUGGUUGCAGGAUAUGUACAAGUAAUAAGACCAAUAGGUCCCCACUUUUCUAAACGGAAUUUGAUGUAAGGAUGUGUAGCAGGAGGGAUGGCUGGAAGCAUAACAGGAUUUAUUUUUGGAACUUUAGAAGGAUGUGCUUAUAAAUUGAUUGGACACUAAGAAACAAAUAUUUUUGAAAUAAGUAAAAGUAGGAGUAGGACUGGUGCUAACUGCUGGAUGUUUGGCCUUAUAGGAGAAUUUAUAGGAGAAGUUUAUGCCACAUUAUUGGAGGUAAUAUUCGAUGCAGCAAUUGAAAGAGGGAAACUUAAAUAUAAAGUACCAGAAGAGAAAAAGGAAAUUGAGGAGAAAGAAGAAUUUGAAAUUUUAUAGAUAGAAAGCAAUAUGGAGGAUGAUGAUGAUUUUGAAAUUCUUUAAAUAGAAAGUAAUAAUGAGGAGGAGGAUAAAAAUAAAAUAAAUUAAUAAGAUUGA